AUGUGCUCAUCGAACCCCCUCUUUGAAACGUCAAGGAGGACUUCCAAAGCUUGCUCGAUACUGAAGCUCAAGCCAAAUCCAGAGGGAACGGACCGUUCCAUGCAGAGCGAUACGGAUGGGGAAGCUCCUGCUGCCAACCGCCUUUUGACUUCAACCCACUACCUCAUCCCCGAGAAUUGUUCCAUGAUAUCUCACAAGCCCACUGGUUGCUCUAUGGAAGAUCUAUGCAUCAUUUCUCAAAAGGAUGGCUUACCAGUGCAGGUGCCUCAGGUGUGUCUCAUCCCGGCCGCUGCUCGCGAUCCUGCAGAAGACCCACACAAAAGCUCCCAAGAACGUCAGAAAUGUCAAUGCAGAAUAGCGUACGUUCUAAUUUGGCGGAUGCUAAAGCCCCGCAGCAGCCAUAUUUAUUCAUUGUACCAAUCAAGAAGCAGCUUUCUUUUCGAACGCCUGAACACUUUGCUUGCUGGUGUGUUGCUUCUUGCACGACUCGGUAUCUGGGCUGAGCCCCGAAAUUUCGAGAUAAUGGUGCAUGGCAAAACUUUGUUGUUGAUACUGAGGGCCUUCACCUUGGUACUAACACUUAUAGCAGUCGCUCUGAGCGCUCGAUCUCAAAAUGUUGUUCACAACUUCAAAAUCAAUGGACCUGCGGCUCUGGAUGCACUCUCGGAGAAUUCGCCUGACGGCGCAAAGCACUGGCGAGAUUUCUUUACCGCCGUCCUUGAUGGCGUGUCUCAGAUAAGUGCAUCGAUCGCUACCAGUACCAUCGCUUCACUCGUACUUAUCCUAGUCUUAUGCACGACAACGUUGAGUCGUCUGACCAUAUCGAAAAGUGCUUUGGUGCCCAUGGAAACACUUUCCAUGUGUUUGAUGGCUAUAGCUUUUGGAACCUCGCUCAGCUUCUCCGCCAGCCUCAAUGCCUUCAAAGAAGACCAACUUGCGGAUAUGGCGUCUUCAGACCUCGCGCAGUAUACAACUCUGGUGCCUCUCAGCAAAGGCCUCGUAGUGUUGACUUGCUUUGGAUGGCUCUUUACAAUGGCAGCAUGCCUCAUUGCUACCGUCGAUGCCUGCAAACGUGCACGCGUUAAAGAGAGGGAUUCUUUCCGGCCGACUGCAUCGGCAUUAGGCAUGAGUCCGAGAUAUCCCGACAUCGUACCGCAGAUGGUCAGAAGCCGCGUACCGACAAUGUACGACCCGUGGAGGCCACUCCAAACCGAAUCGAAAAAGACAUCCCGAGAAGCUGAUGAGGAAAGCUCGAAGCUUUUACGCAAAGACGAGGAAAGAGCUUACAGAGAAUCGGCAUUGACCGAGUAUGGAAGAUCAUCAGUGGAGCUUGAGAGAGAGUUCAUGGGCCUACUCAACGUGGAUAAACCGGAGAAGGCAUUGCAAUUUCAGCCAAAGAGACCCUGGAGUGAAUCUCCGAUAGGGAGGAAACGGGACGAUGACGUUGUGGAUAUGCACUCAAUGUGA